UGCUGUGCGACAUAUGAGCCAAUGAGCAACUGUUUUGCUGAUGACAGAGCAGGAAAUGUAAGAGCAUUGCUGUUUUCUGCUGGUUUUGUGCUGAGAACGAGAGUGAGAAGAACCCUAAAAGGUCUUAUGUCAGCUAUCAAAAAGAUUGAACAUACUAUUGUUUAUACUACAGCAGGCCGGCAGCUCUUACUAUAAGUUAGAAGAGUGUUACGAAGAUUGAUAAAAAUACAGCAGAACUGGUUGCUAUUUGACGUAAAAACAUAUUCCAUGCAAUAGCACAACAGUGAAUAGUACCUACCCUCAAGGAAAUCCUCAUGUGCAUCAUUUUCUUUAAGUUUGAUCCCCGUCCUGUUUCCAAGAAUGCCUACAGACUCAUACUAGCAGCCAAUCGUGAUGAAUUCUAUCACCGACCUUCUAAGCCUGCUGAUUACUGGGGGAGCAAUAAUGAUAUACUCAGUGGUUUGGACAUGGAAUCAGGAAAAGAAGGUGGAACUUGGCUAGGAAUAAAUAAAAGAGGAAAGUUUGCUGCACUCACCAAUUAUUUACAGCCAAAAAUUGACCUUCAUGCUAAGGGCCGAGGGUCUCUGGUGACCAGUUUCCUGACAUCUGAGAUAGAUAGCUUCUCAUACCUGAAGAAGAUAUCUGCUGAAGGACAUCUGUACAAUGGUUUUAAUUUGUUAGCAGCAGACUUUAACAGCACAAAGGAGGAUGUCAUGUGUUAUUAUGGGUCCAAAGGAGAACAAGAGCCUCUCAUCUUAAAUCCAGGUGUGUAUGGCCUGAGCUGCAGCCUAUUGGAUACACCUUGGAGGAAACUUCAGCAUGGAAAAAAAUUGUUUGCUGACAUCAUCAGAAAGAGCCAGGACAUUGCCAGAGAAGACCUAGUGCAGGAACUCAUUAAAGUGAUGAAUAAUGAAGAGCAGCAGUUACCAGACCCAGCUAUAGAAGAACAGGGAAAGGACUUUGUUCGUCCCAUCCUUAGUGGCUACAGUGCAGUGUGUGUGCGUUGCAGUGGGUAUGGAACUAGGACCAACACCAUUGUUCUUAUUGAUGGCGAGGGACAGGUGACAUUCACAGAACGCACAAUGUUAAACAGCGACGUCACUCAGUGGAAAACCAGUGUUUACCAGUUUGAGCUGCAACGUUAGCUCUUCUCUAUAUGCACAUGUCCUUUUAAACUCAGAUGCACUGAACUCUGGGGAACCAGAGGAGCCUGAAAGCCAAAACUAGAACGAGCCAUUUGUCAGCAGCACAUAUACACACACAUCCGAGAACCAAUACCACUUUUAUAUCAGACCAACAAGAAGAAAAGCUCAAAUGCAAGUUAUUCAAGCACACGUUCUGUUUUAUAUUUCACUCCUUCACACCUACAAUUUGAAUUUACUGUAUAUUCGUUUUAUAUUGACUACUCAAGUUUAUCAAAGGAAGGCAAAAUUGUUCCAAACUUCUUAAUAUUAGUUUGUGUUUGUAUGUAAAAGAUUUCAGCUUAGGCUACAGGUGUUUUUAUACCCUUUAGAUAGGGUUCUUGGGUUGUUUUCUAGUACAUUCAAAAAGUAAAAAAACAAACAACAGGAAUCUUUAAAGGUUCCAAGGAAAACUUAAGUCCCAGGAAACUAGUGUUUCUUGCAGGAUCCAUUCCUCCCCCACCCCCACCAUAAACACUGCAAUAUUGAAGUUCCUUAUGACUUGUUUAUAAAAAAAAAAAAAAAAUCAAGUUCUGGUAAUUCUACUUACAUUCCUGGAGAGAUGUAAUUAUCUCAGUGUAUAAGCUUACUAAAGAUUAUUGGUAAAAUCUCCAAAAAAUACUACUAUAAAAAUGCCUUCUGAUUAGAAAUGCCUUUUGAUUAGAGUUUUAUACAUCACACUUUGAUAAAUAAGCUCCGGAAUCGAGGUACCCCACCAAUGAGAAAAUGUGCUGAAGGACCCUCUGCCACCAUCCAUUUUAAUAGUGGUUUUUUUUUAAUAGAAUGUUUUUAUUUUACCUCUGGGUGUAAUUGUGGCAAAAGGAUUCUUCACUACAUGUUCAAUUCAAUUCAACAAGGAAUAGCUUUAACUAAAUACAUGGUACCUGGUAGCUGACUGGAUUUUGAACAUUUCAGUUCUACUAAAGUUGGUAAAAUGAAGUAAAAAGAGGCAUAAAUCUUAAUUUAAUAUUGCUUUUCUGAGCACUUUUGCAAUAAGGAUUAAUCAUUUUUAAAAGAAGUUGUUACACUGUUUAUAUCAUGAAUGUGCUACAGGAGACAUUGGCAGGAGAAGAAAUUGCUGAUGCAGGAAGCCUCUCCUGAUGGCUUUCUGCUCUGUUCUGUCACUUCUACUGAACAAUCAAACUGAGCACUUUAACAAUUUAAUUAAUGUAAAUUGCAAAAGUGCUCAGUAGAACACUCUACAAUUCUACAUUGUGAUAUGGGUAAGUAUAUGUCCCCUGUAACUAAAGUAGCCUCAUGUAACAUUCAUAGAAGAUAUCCUAUACUAAUAGGUGUAUACAAAGUAUUGGUGCUUCUAGAGAAAUAAUAUAAAGCAUAUUCGAUGUUUCUGCACAAAAUGCUGUAGUAAUAGCUGAAGAAUUUAACAAAAUGUAGUGCUGGUUGCUCUUUUGUUUUUUCCAAUACCAUCUGCUGCCGUGUGCUAUGCCAAAUGCACAGGUUUUGCAGCUCAGUACCUACACAUAAGUUGAUACCAUACAUUGCUCUUUUCUUACAUAAUCAACCUCAGUUUCCUCUUGUAUGCUUUAAAAUCUCAGGAUUAUUGUUCUAUGACUAAUUUUUUGCAAGUUUUUAUAGUAUUUGAAAUGUUGUUAAAGUUGACAUAUAACUUUUUGUGCAUGUUUCAUUUUAUUAGCUUGUAUUUUACACCAAAUUAUUUAAAAUCACUUGUUUUUUCACUUGCUAAAAAUACUUGGUUGCUUGUAUUAUUGCUAUGCCACAGGAAUACAUCCAACAAGUCAGUUGUAACAUUUGAUGAAAAAAAAGAAUGUUUAUUAAAAAGUGUAAUUACAGAAA